AUGUGUUCUGAAGAUGUUACACAAUUACCCAACGUGCGUCUCCGUCAACCGAGCAGACAUUGGGGAGAGGAUGGAAAUCUUGGUAUCAGUGAUGAUAAUCUGAAUUAUGAGUGGUACAGAGUUUUACAUAAUGGAUGGCAAUUCAUCAUGCUCGACUCAAACAGUAGACCAAAUUAUACUGACUGUUCAACAUACUACCCAAUAUACUUGAAAGAUACACACCCAUCGAAAGAUACAUUGAAUGGAACAGCGAUAAAUGCUAUUGCCUGCUUACGUGAUUAUCUACACCCUUGUGAUAUACAGCAUGAUGUGAAGAUAAGAAAAUGUGAAGACGAAAUACAAUAUUUCCUUCCCCCAACAAAGCCAUACAGUGCAUUCUGUUUAAGUAAAGUAUCAUUUUAUCAUGUUUUCAUGACCUGUAACUUUCAUUUAGCAUAG